UGAAAACUAACACGUCAAAGUGAAUCGAUUAGAGUGAUGAAAAUGUAAAAUACAAAUUUAAUCCUGCUCUAAACUUUAACAAAUUGCACGAACAAUCGUACGGCUGAAGAUGAUGCCAAACUGUCCUGACAGACUAAAAUGAUCGGAAUAACCAAGUCCUUGAGGAGAUUAUGCACGGAUUUAUGCCAAUAGGCCUCUCCAGGCGAGUGCUUAACUGGAAAAUAUGGGUUAUGAAACUGGGACUACCGCUGAGUAUUACUCUGUCAUUAAGAUGUUGAGAUGGCACAGUUCUCGGGUAACCAUAUAUCCCAGAUGCACCUAUUUUACGAACUCAAACAGCAAUAUCCGAAUCUUACGGAUAAAUUUGUCAACCAAUGCAUCAAGAUGGCCAGUGGCGAUCUGGUGGCAUGUAGAGGGAUUCUUGAAGCAGAGGCCCUCAUACCGUUCGCCAUGCAGCAAAGGCGGCCAAGCUGUCUUGAAGUCGACGAAUCAACGAAGCUGGUGAGGUACCAGACGUCGCACUCAGCACCCACGACACCUUGUAGCAUAACGAGGCAUGCCCCCCAAUCGAUUAAGAGGGCCAUCAUAUCACCUUCCUCCUUUCUUCCCGACAUUCGAAAUAACAAUGGCAUAGAAAUGUUAAUAAAGGCACAGUUGGAACGAAAGUACAAUAUGGAUAGAGAAUUAAACAAGGAGAAAAAUGUUCUCCGUGCUAUGCAAUUACAAUACGAGGAACAUAUGGCCUUAUUGGCGAGCAGAAAAACCUCUGCUAAGGUUCAAUCACUUAAUGAUGAAAUUAAGCAGUUGAGCAUGGAAUGCCAAAGGCUUGUUUCUGAGUUAGACGCCUCGUGUGAAAAUAACGACAAAACUAGCAGCCACAGAACUGAUUUAUUAAUAAAUGGCAGUGAAACACUUACAGGGAGAGAGGAAGACAGUCAGCAUUGGCGAUGCCACAUUUGCACAUUCCAGAAUCACCGACUGUUACAGCAAUGUGACAAAUGUAAUAUGCCACAAAUUACUUUAGAAGGGAGAGAUCCGCAAAAUAUACACAUCAGAGUUAUGCAUCACAAAUUUCCGUCAUGUAGUGGACAUAUUUUGCUGCAAGAGAAAAAACUCCCAAAGCCAACCUUCGCCACUGCAUCCGCACAAUGGAUAUAGCUUGUGGUGGCUGAUGAUGGGCCAUUAUGUAGAGGGGCCUUUACAGGGAGUCCGAUGUGUGCGAGACGGCCUCAAGACUUAUUGGGCUCCGAAUCCGUUCGACUUGAUUCAUUAGGAAGGCGAGUGUUUUUCU